AAUCGACGUUGAAACGUUUCUGACGUCAUAUUUGACGUUGUUUCUAUGUUAUUUGCGCAUUGUUCACAACAGCAAUCUAAAGCUUAAAUAAUAUUGUUAGUUUUCAUUAGUUUAUAUUAUUACAAGAAAAUAAUUAAAGUAUGGGUACUUGUCUAGGAACACGUAAACCAAAGCGGAACUCUGUGUGUCCGUCCUUUCACGACAGAUCGCCGCGACAGAAAGCACCAGAAGAUAUGAUGAGGGAUCUCGAAGAGGCAAAUGUCGAGGAUUCCAAACUUGCGUCAGCUGGUGUCUCAUUUGUCAUCGAUUUCAAAGAUGGGGAUACGACCAGAAUGCCAUCUAGGCUGGCAGACCGGCUUAAUGGAACUGACAAACAAACCGAGGAUAAUAAUGAGAUCAUCUACACAUCUGAGGAAAAAGAGAUUUUAGCCGAGCUUCUUCGUAACGACAUUUUACGUGAGAAGAGAGAGAAGGCAGCUGGCCUCUCUGGAGCUAAAUUCUAAUCAGGUUCUCCACGACUUAAAUGCUGAUUAACUGCAUCGCAUUAUCACCACGCCUCUCUUCUUAACCUUUUGUUUCUGUUGCUUCGGGUUUUUUUUGUUGUUGUUUGCUAUGAGUUGUUUAAUAAAAGUGUGUUAAUGGAA